UACACGUUUACAAAAGCCCAAACUCUUUGCCAGUUCAAUGAUAGUUCUUAUUCCCUUAGUUGCAGAAAACCCCAUUUCUAAGAAAAAGUGGCUUUAUGCCAUUUCUUGGAUCCAUUUGCCCUGUAACAGCCUCAUAACGAUUUCUUGCUUGGGCUUUUUGUGAGAGGAUUCAUGAAGAACACUGGAAAAUCCUGUUCUUAUUCUUUUUCCCCUGACUCAGUUGCAAGAACAGGACUGCUAUGUCUAUUUACAGUGCUUGUCUUCUUAAUAGCCUUAGUCAAUGUAUCAGAAUUCAGGCAAAUAGUUAAAAGCCCUUCUAGUUUUGGCAGAUUAUUGCAGUAUAAUCCUAAUGCAAGUAAUCUCAAUUCAUCCUCUGCAUCAUUUCUUCUGAGAAAAAAUGAGAAUACUUAUGUGGGUUCUCAAGGCAGUCAGAUCUUCAUCAACUGUAGCUGCCCAAAUCAAGUUCAGAACUGCACAAAUGAUAUCAAAGAGAAUAUUACUGCAGCCACCGAGUUUGAUAAGAUCAAUGAAUCAGAGCCUGGGUAUGAGUUCAGUAUUCUGAUUGGAAUCCUAACAGUGGCAGAUCAGUAUCAAAGAAGACAUUUUCUACGUAUGGUUUAUGGAAGUCAAUCCACAGUCCAUGCAAAAGUGGACGUGAAAUUUGUGUUCUGCAAUCUUACAAAGGAUGAUCAAAGAAUCCUUGUGUCUCUGGAGAUCAUGACUCACAAUGAUAUCAUUAUAUUGAACUGUGCAGAGAAUAUGAACGAAGGUAAGACUUAUGCUUAUUUCUCUAGUCUGCCAAAGAUGGGAUUGCAGUAUGAUUAUGUUAUAAAGGCAGAUGAUGAUAUUUAUUUUAGGAUUGAUAAGUUGGCUGAAUCACUGAAGCCUUUGCCAAGGAAUGACACUUACUAUGGCUAUGUUAUACCUUGUGAAAAAAUGGAUCCUUUUGCUAAGUAUAUGUCUGGUAUGGGAUUUGCCCUGUCAUGGGAUUUGGUGAAAUGGAUUGAGGAAUCUCCAAUUGCUAAGAAUAAUACAGUGGGGCCAGAAGAUAUGAUGGUGGGGAUUUGGUUAAAUGAGGGGAAGAAAGCUAAGAAUAGGUUUAGCAAUAAGCCUGCCAUGUAUGACUUUCCUCUUGCUAAUGGCAAGUGCUCUCAUGAAUUCAUUCCUGAUACCAUUGCUGUACACAAGCUCAAGGACAGCGAGAGAUGGUUUGCGGUUCUGAAGUACUUCAAUUUUACAUCUCCUCUCAAGGAAUCCAAGUUGUAUCAUCUGUAAUAAUUUGAGGAGAAUGUAUAUGGGGAACUGUUCUCUUUCAUUUAUCGAACUUUUACUUCUGGAUCACUUCAAAAUUUGUAGAGAUUCAUAUCAAGUUUAAAACAAACAAACAAACAAACACAUGCACUGGGCUAUCACUUAUAGUUCAAAAACAAAGUAGUGAGAAGACCAAGCCAGUUACAUUGUGCUAGGAAGGUAUAAAUAAACCAACAUUUCUAGUGGAAGAAGGUGGAAUUUGUUUCAAGUUCAUGUUGAUAGUUGUUAGAACAUAGAUUGCUAUAUAGUUGUGAUGAUCUAUGAUAAAUUGUAGUGAAUUUAGGGUGUUUUGGUUUAGCACGGAGACUUGAGAAAGUCUAGUGUUUCUAUGUUCCCAAUCACGAGUCAUAGAGAACUCACAACUACGUGAUUGUAUAAGUACAUCAUUGCAAUAUGAAUGAGUGGAACUGCACUAUGUAUUGGAGUAUAUUUGAUGAUGAUUAGAGGCAUGGUGAUGUUUAAUGGGUUACUCAAAGGUACCAAAAGGACCUGGAAGCAAUUAGAAGUUUGUCCCUACCACCACAAGUCAUGACUAUUGAUUUGUUGUAGUGGAGAAAGAUGUGCACAUUUUAGAUGAAGGUAGCCAAUAACCUUUGAGCAAGAGCAAGGGGCAGAAAAUUAUUAUGUGUAUUUAUUAUCUAU